GAAUCUAAGUACUACUCCACCAAAACAAUUAGGCGCAUGACAGGAAUGCGGUUUCGGCGCCCGUACCUCGUCUCACCUCCCCGCGCUCUCCCUAGUGACGCGCAGUCGUGUACUCGCGCUCUGCAGUUACACCACGUGCUUUCGCGCCUCCUAAAAUUUUCGUUGUCAGUUGGGUUUUUGUUGAGUUUGUGUUGUUAAUUUUUGUUAAAUAAUUGUUAUUAAUUCAUUCUGUGUUGUUUAAAAGUCCCGUGUUGUUUUUGUUGUUGAUAUUUUUUGUUAACCUCAUAAUGGGUAGGAAAAAAACUAUCCGUGGGUCCGAAAGGACAAUGAUAUUAAAAGUAUUACAUUUUUUUGAGGAAGAAAAGUUGCAUGGAAUAGCUAUUCCAAUAUCUCAAGUGGAAAAGCGAGUGUGUACGGCUACUGGCAUUAGUCGACGCACAUUGGCCAGAAUAAAAAACGAGGAAAAAGAAGUUUUGGAGAAACUAAGGCUUUCACCACAGCCGGGUACGUCAAGCGAAGCCCCAACAGAGACAGUCAAAUUACCCACUCCAGGGAAAAAGCGAAAACAAAAGAAAAAGCUGGAAAUUGAUGACUUCAUGAUUUGUGCAAUUAAAACAAAAAUUGAAAGCUUUUAUGACGUGUACAAAGAAGUGCCUACAUUGAAAAAAAUUUUAAACGUUGUUAAGAGAGAUCUUAACUUUCCUGGUCAAAGAGAGACCCUGCGAAAAAUUAUAACAGAAAGUUUGGGAUUUAAAUUCAAAAAGUGCUCCAAAAAACGAGACGUGCUCAUAGAAAGACCUGAAAUAGCAGCGUGGCGUGCACGUUACUUAAGAAGAUUAAAAGAAAACGACGACUUGGGCCCGGAAAAAAAACCUGUUAUUUUUACCGAUGAAACAUGGGUCCACUCGCAUUACACUGUCAACAAGUGUUGGCAAAGUCAAACGGUCCCAGGCAUAAGAAAAAACGAUAGUGCUGGCCAACGCUGGAUAAUCGUUCACGCAGGAGGAGAGACUGGGUUCGUCGAAGGUGCAGACUUAUUAUACAAAUGUAAAAGUAGUAAAGGGGAUUACCACGACGAAAUGGACACAGAAAACUACACGAAAUGGUUAACCGAAAAACUAAUUCCAAAUUUGCCACCUAACAGUAUUGUUGUCAUAGACAACGCGCCCUACCACAGCAAGCAAUUAAAUAAGCCUCCUACUAUGGCCGCUCGUAAACAAGACAUGCAGAAUUGGCUGAGCGAGAGAAACAUUACGUUUGACCCGCGAAUGACAAAGGCUGAGUUGAAUUAUAUUAUAAUUCGCAACCGACCGGAAAAAGAAUAUUUAGUGGACAAACUUUUAGAGGAGAGCGGUCACGAAGUCCUCAGACUUCCACCAUAUCAAUGUGACCUCAAUCCUAUUGAGUACAUUUGGAACCUGGUCAAACAAAGAGUCGCCGACAAGAAUGUCGAUCAGUCAGAGAGACAAAUCGAAAAACUAGCCAGGGAAGCCAUACAAUCAAUAACGCAAGACGAUUGGAAAAAAGAAAUUAAUCACGUGGACCGGUUACGGAAGGCGUACUGGGAAAAGCAAGGUUUAGAAGACGCAAGAGAGUUAGUCAUAAAUGUAAAUGACGACAGCGAUGACAGUGAUUUGGAAUCACAUUCAGAUUUUGAAAGAAUGUCAGGGAUUGAAGAAUUAGAUUCUGAUUAGAACAAUUUUUCAAAUUAUUCCAAUAAAUAAAGUACAUUUAAUCAAUUAGGAGUUUUAUUAUUUCCUUUGCACACACAGUUCUCUGUUCCCAAAAUAAAUAAAGUAUAGUUAUAAUAUACACAUACUAAGUUGUAUUCACAAUAGUUACUUACCAGUUUCAUACUAGGUAUCAGCGAGUCUCGAAUAUUCCCCUCCCUAGCUACAGUGACGCCAUGUUUGCCAUGUGCCUAAUUGUUUUGGUGGAGUAGUAGUAUAAUUUUCAGUGGAGGGGAGGGCUCUGGUAAUCUGUCUGGCAUUCAGUCACUUUUAAUGUAUGGUACUAAAUAAUAGACGUAUAAGAAUAUUAAAAGUGGCCGAAGUUCUCUGUUGCAUUUUUAAUAAUUUUUCUGUGACGAUAUAUUAUUAAAACAUGCAAACAUUUUUGUUUUGUCCAUUUUUGUUUGAAAUCUAGACAGUUUAACUAAUAUACUUGAUCUACAAAAUAUAAAACAAUGUUUCCUGUCUAGACUAUUUUUAUUAUACUCGAUCUAGAAUAUUUAUAUUUAAUAUAUAUAUUAUAUUAAUAAGAUAAGGGAACGUACCCAUACUACGUAUAAAAGGAUCCAUUUUGUUAUCCCCGCCCCUCCUCCUUUUCUGUGAUCCUCUGAUUCUCUCUGCGAUAUUGUGUACGUGAUGAUGAAAUCCCCCCCCCCCCCCCUCCUAUGAUCAAGUGCGGUAUUUUAAAAGACUGACCCAUCCGCCUCUGAACGGGUCACGUAGUAUGGGUACGGUAAUUUAGUUUAUGAUGCCUAUAUAUUUAAUAAGGAAAAUUUCCAAGCGCUGUGGACGCCAAAGCGGCAGACAUAUGAAUAUGACUUCAAGGUAUAAAAUGUUGAGAAUUGUGCGGACUAUAACGCCUACUAGCCGCCCUGCCUAACAGUAUUACCAUUUCAAAGAUUUUUAUGAUUAUUACUUUUUCUCCAUACAAAAAAAUAAACAGUAUUUUUUUUAAA